GAUGAUUUCAGACAGUGGUGGCUGUCGCAAUCUUGUUAUUUUUUAUUUUCUUGGUCUUCUGUCGCUGCUUCAGGGUGGACAGGUGCGGACUGGCUCUUAUUCUGCAGUAAUAGGAUUCCACGGUCGAAUUCGUCCUCCAACAACCCAUAGCUCCGCUUUGCGACAAAGGCUUCGAGGAGGAGGAGAGAAGGAGCUAGCAGGCAAGGUGCUCUUUGAUCCCAAGACACGCAUCUUCCGCCUCUAUUCUCGUUCUGCAUUGUACGCUUUCCGGACCGACGACUCGGGAGAUCUCGAGCAUCUGUACUGGGGGAGCUUCGUUCCUCCCAAUGACGACUUGAGGUACCUGGCGCUCUCAAACGUCCAGCUGUGCUUCGAUCCUGGUCCCUUCAACGCUUACGACACCGAAGUGUCGGAUCAGGAUGCGGCCAAGCACAUCAGAGGAACUUCCUUCUCGGAGCACUUCACCCGUACUCCUUCCUUCUCUGACCGACUCUCCACGGACAGCGAGUGGGUUCACUCGAUCCCGAGCGUCGGGAGGAACACAAAGCUGCUGGAGUAUGCGGACCUGGGAACUGGCGACUAUCGUCCACAGAGCUUCUCGGUGGUGUACGAUGAUGGCGGGAACAUCUGUCCCCUGACCUACGUGUCCCACGAGAUUAUCCCCGGCAAACUUCCCAUGGAGAGUGCCAAGGGUAAGUCCCUCUGGAGCUCAGAGAAUGUCACUCUCCUCCCCGAGCUGAGAGGAGGGAACACCAAAGAUCAGUGCACGACCCUCGUGGUCAAGAUGGAGGACAGGCUGACGAAGCUGGAGUUCCACCUGAUCUACACGGUCUACAAGGAAGUGAAUGCGAUUUCCAGGAGGGUGAUAGUGAAGAACCCGAGCGUUCGUCCCAGUGGGAACUUUGUGUGCAAGGGAGGCUGCAUCAUGAGCUCUGGAGCUGUCCGCCUCGAGAAGCUGAUGAGCGCUACCGUUGACUUCCACACCAUGAGCGGUUGGAACUUCAUAACGCUCAGUGGGAGCUGGGCCAACGAGAGGCAUAUGAAGCUGCAAAAGCUCAUCCAGGGGAAGUUCGUCGUGGAGAGCCUGCGGGGAGCCAGCAGUCACCAGCACAACCCCUUCUGCGCGGUGACCACGACCCCGGAGUCACUCGUGGAGACCGUCGGGGAGGUGUGGGCGUUCUCCUUCAUCUACUCGGGGAACUUCAAGAUCGAGGCAGACGUGUCGGAGACUGGAAGAGCGCGAGUCAACGCAGGGAUCAACCCCAGCACCUUCUCCUGGCACCUUCCUCCCGGCGACUCGUUCGAAAGCCCCGAGUGCGUCAUGAUCUACAGCAACAGCGGACUAGAAGGGAUGAGCCACUCGUUCCAUGACCUGUACAGGAAGUAUCUGAUACCCGAGCGGUUCUUCGGGACUGUUCCUCCGGUCCUGCUCAACACCUGGGAGGCGAUGUACUUCAACGUGAACCACGAAAAAGUGGUCGAGCUCGCCCGGGCAGCCAGCGAGCUAGGAGUUGAGAUGAUCGUGCUAGACGACGGAUGGUUCGGCGAGCGAGAAGACGCCACGUCCUCCUUGGGGGACUGGUUCGAGGAUAGGAGGAAGUUCCCCGGAGGAUUGCCUGCCCUUGUCAAGGACGUCAACGCCCUCGGGCUCAAGUUCGGCAUCUGGGUGGAGCCGGAGAUGGUGAACGUGAAGAGCAAGCUCUACAAGGAGCAUCCCUCGUGGACUCUGAACCAGCACGGGAGGAAGAGCCGCUGUGAGGGUCGCAACCAGCUCGUCCUUGACUUCACGUGCGAGGAUGUGUGCUCUUAUGUCAUCAGCAAGCUGGGAGAGCUCCUGUCUGGCUCCAACAUCGAGUACAUGAAGUGGGACAUGAACCGCCACCUGACGGAGGUCUACGGCAACACGAGGGCCCCGGACAAGCAGGGGGAAGUCUUUCACCGGUACAUGAUCGGAGUGUACAAGGUCCUCAAGUACCUCAACGAGAAGUUCCCGCAUGUGAGGAUAGAGACGUGCUCUGGGGGGGGAGGAAGGUUUGAUCCCGGCAUGCUCUUCUUUAGCCCUCAGAUCUGGGCUAGCGACAACACAGACGUUUUCAGCAGGAUGGCGAUUCAGCAUGGCACCAGCCUCGUCUAUCCCCUCCAGAGCAUCGGAUCGCACAUGACUGCGGUCCCUAAUCAUCAGACGCAGAGGCUUUCUACCCUCAAAGCAAGAUUCCUCGUUUCAACCUUCGGUACUUUCGGUCUAGAGCUGGACGUCAGGACGCUUAGCGAGAGCGACAAGUACGAGCUAUCUCGCUACAUCGCCAAGUACAAGGAGCUCGCUCCCGUCAUCCUUUCAGGGCGCUUCUACCGCCUCUGGUCUCCAUGCAGGAUGCGAGACCAGCAGGCGUACGCCUGGAUGUGCACGAGCGGCGGGAGCGCGGAGCAUGGGAUCUCUGCGGUGGUUGCUGUGUUCCUCACAAAGAUGGAGCCAGGGCACCACCUUCCUCGGCUGCGGCUGCGGGGGCUGGAGGAGGACGAGAACUACGUCAUAGAGGAGAUCUUUCCCAACAGGGCCAAGAGAAAUCCCAGCACGGGGCAGAUCGAGCUGACCGGCGGGGCUCCGCAGUGGCAGCUGGGCAAUCAAAAAGUUCACAUGUCAGGAGCGACCCUUAUGUCCAUCGGCCUCCCUAUCCGCCUCUCCUUCGAUGGAGACUGCUGUGCGUUCGUCCUCACUCGGGCAAGAGGAGUUUCGGGAUCGAGGCAAGUGUAGGGUUGUUGGAGUUGUUGCCUGCGAGAAUCCAUGAUUGCUCCUAUUCCCCUUUUCCUCCGUGAGGGGUGAGCUUUGCGUCUUGAAGCUAGUCUUUCAUUGUGAAUGGAUAUAAACAACUACGUACUUCGUG